CAACUGUCAAAACUGCCAACUGACACUUGAUAUCCGGUGGAAAAGAAUAAUAAUAAAAAUAUCUUAAAUUCAAAAACAGUGCUCAAAGAGAGAGAGAGUGUACCGAGAUUAAAAGGACUAAUAGUGAAUAUUUACAACAGUGAUAUACAUCGUGCGAAGCAGUCGUCGCGUUUGUCGUUGAUAUGCAACAAUGCUGAUGUUAAUGAUGAUCAAAGGUGCGUUGUUUUGUAUUUCAAUGCUUGUGCUGGGCACGAGCUGGACCGUCGUCGCCGCCGCCGCCGUCACCAACGACGAGUACCUCGAAGCAGAUAUAUUCCGCGUAGAAUUCCAAGAAUUGUCGCGAAGACUCUGGGACAAGUACGGCCACGAUAACAACGAGAUCAACAAAAAUGCAGAGAUUGGACUGAUCGAAGAGUUUGAAUCGUUCGGGAGACGUCUGCACGAGGCAUUCCCCUACGACAUCACCCACGGCGUCUCCUCCGUGGACAACUGGCAAUGGGCGAACGCAUACGGCGAGCUGCGCUCCAUUUACUCUCUCUAUUUGAGCUUCGAGAGGUUUCAGAAGCAGCAGACCACGUCGGGCCGAGUACCUUCGCCGAGGAGGGCCUGGAUCGACCUGGUGGAGAGCGUGCUCAGCAAUCACAACCUCUCGAUAGUGGUCACCUGCGAGCGACUGAACAUGUACAUCGUCGAGGAUCGACUCUACCGAAAAAUAUUGACGAGCAUGGACGGUGUAAACUUCUGCAGCCAGGCUGAUUCGCCGCGGACUGUACUGCUACAUUUGUACAACAACAUUGCGAUAACCCAAUUGAAAGGAUACAUGAUGAUACAGUACUCGUACUUGAUUUUGAAACUCUUGAACAAUGAGAACACCAGGGCAAAGGCGAUGCAAGCCGAGAACGAGUACAAAACGAACGCGCUCAGAAAUCAGGCGGCGAUGCUCGAUGCGGCGAAACUGUCAUCGAACGAGUACUGGAGGUGCGAUCCGAACAAGUACAUAAAAGAUGAGAACUACAUCGAGAUUACCGAGUUGCUGCAGGGUUACGUGCAGAACGAGGUCGAUCUCAAUCCGGACGGCAACUGCUGGGAAAAUUGCGCCGCUUACAAAUACACCAAAAGCCAUUCGUGCUACAAGAAUCUGUACUGCAAGCAGCAGAGACGAUGCAACGGGGAAAUCAUCAACUGCCGCUUCAUAGAUUCGGACAUGUGGAUUUGCCCGGCGAUGAGAAGCACGCACAGGCGAUACGAGUAUAUCGAGUACGAGAACGGAAAUGUUUUCGGUAGGAAGCAGGCAUGUCGAGCAGGAACCACAAAGGUGGACAGCUGGUGGAGAUACCUGUUCUGGCAUUGCUCCUACUGUCUGUGCUACUGCGACGAGCAAAGCAUCAAUUCCGAUCGUUUCGUCAAUUUGAGGGAGAGCGUUUCGCGUGCCGACGAACAAAUGGUGUUGACGGGACUGAAAUUCACAAAGAAGAACCGCGUCGUACACCUGCAGAUCCAGGAGGGUCGACUGCAGGCGAAUGGAAAGGUGGACAACGGAAGCGUCGCGUGGAUACCCGUCGACAAUUACAGCAUAACGGACAAGAACGUAUUCACUGGCGAGGAUUACCACACGCUGACUUGGACCAAGAGAGCCAUGGAUUUGGACGAUUUGAAAGCACCCGAGAACCACGUGAUCACGGGCGUCAAGUACAAGCUGAUCGGAUCGCAUCUGAACUUCGAGAUUCGCGUCACACCGUUCGAUUACCGAACCGGAAAGAUGCAGGCCCACCUAAGUCAUUGGAUGUCCAACGACAACACCGAACUGACGCCCAUGCACAGCAGGAAGAAAUUAGAUCUGCAGAAUAGGGAUAUUCCGAUACGGGCACUUCGCCGAUCGAUUCCCGAUUCCAGGAACAACAUGUACAUUGAAUUCGAAGCCACAGAUUUGGAGAGGGACGCGGCGCAGACGACCGUGCCCUUCUUCGAUGCGCAACCGGUGAAGAGUCUGGACCCCGUCCCGUUGAUAGGGGUUGGCCUCUACCACAAGGGUCAGGAGCACUUCGGAGGUUUCAUCGCCCCCAAGAUUAUCGCACUUGAUCCGAUACAGUACAUCGAGAACGCGAGAAACGAUCUCAAAUUGGAACUGGAUCGAGAGUGAUACAGUUUUUUAACUUUAUAUGUUUCUCAAACGUUAUUACCAUGUUAAGAUUAGCGUUUAGCGAAUAAAUAAUUAUAGUUGAAAAA